GCCGCCGCCGGGACCCGCCGGACCUCACCUGGUCACCUGGUCACCUGGGCCGCGUCCCCGGACCCGGCCAGCCGCCGGCCCGCUCCCUGCAGUUCUAGCUGUUGGUCUCCGGCACCUAAGAGGCGGUUGAGCUGACUGGGGACAAUUUCAGGACAUUGAAGUACGAAGAACAAACACUCCUAAAGAAAGCAAAGAUGGUCAAAGGCAGUGGAGAAGAGCCCAGGACAGGGGGCCGGAUGGAGCGGUUCCAGCAAGGAGUUCGCAAACGCACACUUCUGGCCAAGAAGAAAGUGCAGAGCAUCACCAGGGAGGAUGUUAAAAGUUACCUGUUCCGGAAUGCUUUUGUGCUGCUCACCGUCACCGCUGUCAUUGUGGGUACAAUCCUUGGAUUUACCCUCCGACCCUACAAAAUGAACUACCGGGAAGUCAAAUACUUUUCCUUUCCUGGAGAGCUUCUGAUGCGAAUGUUACAGAUGUUGGUCCUACCCCUUAUCAUCUCCAGCCUUGUCACAGGAAUGGCGGCCCUAGAUAGUAAGGCCUCGGGGAAGAUGGGAAUGCGAGCAGUAGUCUAUUACAUGACGACCACCAUCAUUGCUGUGGUGAUUGGCAUAAUCAUUGUCAUCAUCAUCCACCCCGGGAAGGGCACCAAGGAAAACAUGCACAGAGAAGGCAAAAUUGUACAAGUGACUGCUGCAGAUGCCUUCCUGGAUUUAAUCAGGAACAUGUUCCCUCCAAAUCUGGUAGAAGCCUGCUUUAAACAGUUUAAAACCAACUAUGAGAAGAGAAGCUUUAAAGUUCCCAUCGAGUCCAAUGAAACGCUUGUGGAUGCCGUGAUCAACAAUGUGUCGGAGGCCAUGGAGACGCUGACCCGCAUCCGAGAGGAGAUGGUUCCCAUCCCAGGAUCUGUAAAUGGGGUCAAUGCCCUGGGACUAGUUGUGUUCUCCAUGUGCUUCGGGUUUGUGAUUGGGAACAUGAAGGAGCAGGGACAAGCCCUGAGAGAUUUCUUCGAUUCGCUUAAUGAAGCCAUCAUGAGAUUGGUAGCAGUGAUCAUGUGGUAUGCACCUCUGGGCAUCCUCUUCCUGAUCGCAGGCAAGAUCGUUGAGAUGGAAGACAUGGGGGUGAUUGGGGGCCAGCUUGCCAUGUACACAGUGACGGUCAUUGUGGGCCUCCUCAUUCAUGCUGUCAUUGUCCUGCCGCUCCUCUACUUUCUGGUAACCCGGAAGAACCCCUGGGUCUUCAUUGGAGGGUUGCUGCAAGCGCUCAUUACAGCUCUGGGGACCUCCUCAAGUUCUGCCACUCUGCCCAUCACCUUCAAGUGCCUGGAAGAGAACAACGGCGUGGACAAACGUGUCACCAGAUUUGUGCUCCCGGUGGGGGCCACCAUUAACAUGGACGGCACUGCACUCUAUGAGGCAUUGGCUGCCAUUUUCAUCGCUCAAGUUAACAACUUUGACCUGAACUUUGGACAGAUUAUCACAAUCAGCAUCACAGCCACGGCUGCAAGCAUCGGGGCAGCAGGGAUCCCUCAGGCGGGCCUGGUCACCAUGGUCAUCGUGCUGACAUCCGUGGGCCUGCCCACAGACGACAUCACGCUCAUCAUCGCUGUGGACUGGUUCUUGGACCGCCUCCGAACCACCACCAACGUGCUGGGUGACUCUCUUGGAGCUGGCAUUGUUGAGCACUUGUCACGACAUGAACUGAAGAACCAAGAUGUUGAAAUGGGUAACUCUGUGAUUGAAGAGAACGAAAUGAAAAAACCCUAUCAGCUGAUUGCCCAGGACAGUGAAACUGAGAAACCUGUGGACAGUGAAACCAAGAUGUAACCGACACAGAAAUGUUUUCUUGAGCAUUUCCUGAAGAGUUGGAAAACCAUAUGAAAUGUGUCCAUCUCCUUAAGCUCAUUCCUGCAGUGAGCCUCUUUCCUCCUCUUUCCUCCCUAUCCAAUAGGCUUGGACACGAUUCAUCCAAACACAAGGGAGGACUUUGCAGCAGUCAAAAUAUAUAGAUUUCACACACACACACACACACACCAUCAUUUGAAAUUUUAAAAAACAUUUCAUAUUAGUCUUACCUAGAAAGGUAUCAGGAUAAAAAAAAAAUCAUUACCUUACAAAUUUAUAUGGCACAAUUAUCCUACGUGAUUGUUUUAUGAGUUAAGAAAGUAAACAAAGGGUAGAUUUAAAUCAAAUUUCAAAUUUUAAAAUUCCAUAAGAACACAAUUGAAUUUAAGUUUAAAAACCUGACAACUGGAUGAUCAGCCAUCAGUUGCCAGCUGGGUAGCAGAAGCGGUUUUCUAGUUUCUCUUCUGUCCUUGGCUUUAUCAAUAGCUGGACAAUGUCCUCACCCAAGCAGCACAGCUGUGAAGAGGGGCAGGAAGUGACACUUCCAUGUGACCUCAGGCGAGUUGCAUCCCUAGGCCUCAGUGUCCCUGUCCAGAGUAUGAGUGACUUCUCUGGGCGUCCUGGGUUGCUAGAACCCAGACUUCCUGUUCCAUAUCCUGAAAGAGCCUGCCUUCUACUUCCACUUGGAGCACCCUGUACAAGUGCCAUUCCAUGGGGCACAGGGUUCUCAGAAUGGGCACUAGUGAGAGUGGACAUUCUUCUCCAGAGCAGGAUGGUAUGUGCUUCACCAGGGCCUGAGUCCAAAAUGUUGGUCAUACACUGGCCAGGUGGAAGACCAUUCCGGAAGUAGGAUUUUUUUCAUGAAACCCUUUGCCUUGUUAUUCCCAACAGGAAAAGUAAUCUCUUCUUCCCAAGACGGAGGGACUGCUCUUAAGAAGGCUUCCCACCACUCUUCAAAUGACCAUUAGACAUUUAGGAGACUAGCAACUAGUGAGUAUGCUCAUGGUCUUUCCAUGGAACACUAUAAAGAGCUGAGAAAGACUAGAAGAUGGUUGAUGCUAUCAAGGGAAGGUUUUAAAACACUGAGAGUAUGGCUCUUCUUGAAGGAAGACUAAAAAGAGCUGCAUUUUAACCUUUUUAUUAACCUGAGCACUGUAUCUCUUCAGUUCCGAAUCACUCCCCAAAGAAAUCUAUGUACCGAAAUAUGAUGUCACUUCUUCGAUAUCUUAAAGUCAAAUGGAAGAGUUCUCUGGGACAGGUCCGUGAGCUGGGUAGGUGGUCUCCUAUCUGAAUUUUUUUUGUCUUUUAAUCAGUUCUUAGAAUGAAGGAAACGAGGUGUUUUUUUUUUUUUCUUCAGCCCUGGAGGGUCUUUUUUUUUUUCCGUCAAGUAAAGGUAUUUUUUGUGUAUGGAAUUCCACAUACCAAAUCAUUCAGAACUCUCAACUACAGUGGGAUUCACUUAAGUUUUGUUUGUGUCCCUAAAAAAAAAAAAAAAAAUGGUAGACGAUGAGUCAGUAUGGUGGUAACGUCAAUGAAGUUGCAAAAAAAGAUAGCAGGGAUAUUGCUUUCCAGCAAGGCAGCUCCUAGGUGUAAAGAAGAUUUUUUUUUUUUCCUUCUUCUUUUUUUUAAUCCCUUAAGGAGGAUCUAGUCAAAAACAUUCAAUGAGAGCCAUCACAUAAUACCGGCCAUGUUUGACUUUCUGACCGAAAAUGGUGAAGAAUGGACUUAAUUAUGCUAACAAACUGAAAAUCUAUACAUGCAUCAUCUGAUCCACAACUACAGAUUUGUUGUUGUUGUUCAUAGAGAUCCUGAGCAUUACAUGCAUAUAAAGGUAAUGUUAGGCUGUGAUGGAGUAACCAUUCUUACGUGGAGCUCUGUUUGGGAAAUACACUACAAAAGUUAAUGUACAUGGCAGUCAUUUUAUGUCACUAGUAGAACAAAAAUUAAUCAUGUCAGAUUAAUGCUGUUACAUGGUGUGAUUUUUUUUUUAUACUAACCAUUUCUUAUGAAAGCAGUUCCUCUAGGUGGCCUCUCAUCAGUCCAUCAUAGACUCCGCACACAUGUGGACCCAUUGUGGACUGGGAAGCAUUACUUUGUAGGUGUAUUUUCAAUAAAGACAAAGAUAGUUUUACAUUAA